UUUUUGAUUUUACACGACAAGUCCAACGUAUCAAGCCUUAUCACCUGCAAGUGUUUGUAAAAAAAAAAAAAAAAUAGUGGUAAUAAUUAAUCAGCUAUAGUAAAUGCAGUAUUUAAGGCUUGAGUGAAGUGAACCCACAAAGCUGAUCUGUAGAGACCGAGCACAGAGAUCAAAAUGUUUUUCCGAGCAUUGCUGCUAAUCUGCUCUCUUUCCAGCGCUCAGCUGCAUGCUGCCGCCGAAAAUGAAAUCAGGCAAACUGGAUCACAGGAAGGAGACGCAGAAAAUCUUUCAAAUAAUCAACAAACCUUUACGCAGGACAUCAACGCUGUGCUGAGAGAGAUGAGCGCCUCACUGGCUGGACUGAAGGUGGAGCUCAGGUGCUUACAGAAAGAUCAUGAUGCGAAGGUGAGCGAACUGGAGUUGCAAAAGACUGAGGUGGAAAAGUUGAAACAACAGCAACAAGAAAAAAAUAAAGAGUUGGACAAUCUGAAACAACACUACCAAGGUCAGGCUGAAGAACUGAUCAGAGUUCAAACCAGGGCAAACAGAACUGAAAACCAGGUGGAGGCUUUAAGAAGAGAAGGAGAAGUGAAACGAGUGGCUUUCUCAGCUUCCUUGUUGGCCUCUGGUGCAGAAACGUUUGGUCCAUUCAACACACAGACACCGUUGGUCUUCAGACAUGUUGUUUCAAACAUCGGAAAUGCCUACAACCCAAACACAGGUUUUUUCACAGCUCCAGUCAAAGGAGCCUACCACUUUGAGUUCCAUAUCUUUGGACCUGGACAUGCUUCAUAUUCUACAGGUGCUGUGUUGACCAAGAAUGGACAAAAUAUUUGUAUUGCAUAUGAACAUCAGCCUUCUCUUCAUGUUAAAUCUUCUAAUGGUGUCACAUUGCUGUUAGAGGUUGGAGAUGUUAUAUUUUUGCGUCAGUGGCAAAACUCAAGAAUUUCUGAUUACCCAAAUCGUCACAAUAUCUUCAGUGGUCAUCUGCUUUUCACCAUGUGAGCAGCAAGCAGUGCUGACUUUCACCAUCAACUCUUCAACAUAUAGGAACUAAUGUGUACACUUAGCUAUAUAUACAUUUCUUACUUGUUUUUAGAACUUCAGUUUUUAGUCACAUCAGUAAAUGCAAUGAUUGCGACUUUUAGUCAAAUAUUUAUAUUUAAUUUCAAUCGGACUGUGUUUUGUAAUGUGUGAUUUUUGUGGUUUAUUGUGUGUUAGGCUUUAAUUGCUAUUUUAUGCACAGUACUUGGAUCAACAACUAUUGUUUGAAAACAUGUUUUACAAAUAAAAGUUUAUUGAUUGAACCAUA